CACACCUGCUUUUGCAGAGAGUGGGAGAAUUGACGUCCACACUCUCUCACUCUUAUCUUCUCUCUAAACUCAACUCUUAAUCUCUCUGUUUAUUUCUCUUAACUUAACCUCCUCGAAAAAAAAUUAGCUUUAAUGGAGUUUGAGGAUCAAGAAGAGCAAGAUGAAGAGAUGGGUUUGCCAACGAGUUAUGACUCACUUGGUCACUCAUCUCGUGUCAAAAUGGUGAGUUCUGAACCGGUAUCAGAGGCCCAUCUUCCGAGGAAGCCCAGAUACAGAGAGUGUCUGAAGAAUCAUGCGGUCGGGAUAGGAGGACACGCGGUGGAUGGUUGCGGUGAGUUCAUUGCUGCAGGCGAAGAAGGCACACUUGAUGCACUUAAAUGUGCAGCCUGCAAUUGCCACCGUAAUUUCCACCGCAAAGAAACCACCGAGAGCUCCGCCAUAAUCGGACCUCUGGGUACCGGUGAAGUUUUUUUUCACCACCCACAUGGCCACCUUCACAACCCAAGUCAGGUCCCACAAUUCUCUCCUUAUUACCGGAGCCCAGCUGGCUACCUGCACUUAGCUGCAGCGGCGCACCACAGGCCACUGGCGUUGCCGUCGACAUCCGGUGGAGGGACACAUAGCCGGGAGGAUCAAGAGGAUAUGUCGAAUCUUGGAGGGGGUUCACGGAAAAGGUUUAGGACAAAGUUUACGCAGGAACAGAAGGAUAAAAUGUUGGAGUUGGCGGAGAAGCUUGGGUGGAGGAUUCAAAAGCAUGAUGAAGAAAUGGUGCAGCAGUUCUGUGAGGAGAGUGGUGUGAAGCGGCAUGUGCUUAAGGUGUGGAUGCAUAACAACAAGCACACUCUGGGAUUUAAGCAAAGGCCAUUGUGUUUCUCUAGCUUUGGACUCAAAAGAGGGGAACCAUCACUCGGAUAUGGGGAUAUUGUGAUGCUGACUUCUGAAGAUUAGUUCUACUAUGUGGAUGCUUUGUUGUUAGCAAUGAUAGUGAGGAACCAGGUACUAUAUACAUGGUAAGUCAAGCUUUUAAGGUUUUAUAUUUGUAACAGACUAGCUAUCAGUACUUUGAGCUAUAGGGAAGACAGAAUUCUUGAAGCUUGUAAUUAAGGUCUCUCUGGUUCAAGUUUGGAUUUGACCUUUCAUUUGUAACUUUGCGUCAUCACAUUCACAGGCCUCAACGUGUGCCAAGAGCUACAUUUCUAUUUCCCGUUUAUAUCAUCAUCUCUUUCAACGUGUAUCUUUCUGCGUAUAUGUGUCUUCUGUGUGUCACUUCU